GGCUAUUUCAGGCGGUAUCCCGGGCUCUGCGCUGCUGCCCGCGCGCGCUCCGGCCCCUCCAGCAUGGCUCUCCAGUCCGGCCCGCUGCUCGCCGCCCUCCUGCUGCUCCUGGGCGGCCCCCGCGGCGUGCGCGGCGACACCCCUGCCAACUGCACCUAUCCGGACCUGCUGGGCACCUGGCUCUUCCAGGUGGGCCGCGGCGGCGGCCGGAGCGACGUCAACUGCUCGGCCCUGGGACCACCAGAAAAAAAAGUAAUGAUACACCUUAAGAAGAUGGACACAGCCCAUGAUGACUUCGGCAAUUCCGGGUAUUUCACCAUUAUUUAUAACCAAGGCUUUGAGAUCGUGUUGAAUGACUACAAGUGGUUUGCCUUCUUUAAGUAUGAAACCCAAGGCAGCACGGUGGUCAGCUACUGCCACGAGACAAUGACGGGCUGGGUGCACGACGUGCUGGGCCGCAACUGGGCCUGCUUCGUGGGAAAGAAGGUAGCCGGUCCUGAAAGAGUGAAUGUGGACGAGGCUCCCCUGGAAAGCUUCCCGGGAAAGCCCUCCAGCAGGCGCUACAGGUAUGACCACAGCUUUGUGAAGGCCAUCAAUGCUGCCCAGAAGUCCUGGACUGCAACUGCGUACAUGGAAUAUGAGGCCUUCACCUUGAAGGAGAUGAAGCGAAGACGUGGUGGCCACAGCCGGAUCCUCCCGCGGUAAGAAGACACAUCUAUUUCUCACUAGGAAAGAUGCUGGUGUUGAGCCCAGUUCUCCCCAGGGAGCCCACUACUUUAGUGGGUGUAAGCACUUUUUAUUUACGAUCUCUCUCCCAUUUGUACUCUUCCUGUUACGAUUUCCAAGUCCUGUUCUGGGGUUUUCUGUGCAUCGCGUGUGUCGUGCCCGUCCCAUUUUCCAUAGUCUGGCAUAGGCCUUGUUGUCUCUGCCCUAGUGCAGAGUGGCGUCCUACCACCUGUGUCACUAUCUUUGCUCCUUCUGCUGCCUGUCAUUAUUUUCACCAGUCUAUAAAAUGAUCUUACUCUAUUUAUCUAGGACUAUUGAUGUCUAUUUACUGAGGAAUAUAUGUGUUCAGAUAUUUAAAGUCAUCAUAAUGAGUGUAACUGUAUCUACUGCCUUGACCUGUUUUCAAACAAUGUGACACAUUAUUUAUGAAAACUUUGUUUGCAUUUUACCUCACUGCUCUGCUCCUUGUCCACCCUCACUUUGCCACAUUAUGAACUGCCAAACUGGACACUUGUAGAUAUCUGAAGUCUCAGUGCGGUAAGGCCCAGCAGCAAAAUAAAACAACUCCCAAAACGCUUCAUUGAUUAAUGCCCAUCCAAUCCCCUCUGCUGUCAGUGGUGUUCCCAUCUUGAGCUCACAUACCUCAUUGUGCAUUUCUUCUUCUGAGGAAUUAUGUCAUAACAUUUUGAAUUUGUCUGGGUAGGAGUUUGUAUGAAUUUAAGAACUGUUUUUAAAAAUCAUGACUAGAUCAGCAAAGGAUUUGUACAAAGUCCUGUAGCAUUCGUUUAGUGGCCAAGGAUGUUCCUAUAAUACCAUAACUUGUUUCAGGAAAAGGUGGAAACAGGAGUAAGGAAAGAGAAUUGAAAUGGUAGGGAGCAAAGGAGGGUCAAUAAUUUAUGUGAGUAGCUUACUUUACCUUUCUAUGUUGAGAUAUUAUUUAGUUCUCAGCAAACGGAAUGGUUAAUUCCCUAGAAACUGAGUCUGUGGCUAAAUGGUUAUUAACAAAGCAGACUACUGAUUGGUUACUCAUAUAACUAGAACACAUUAGCAGCCUUGAAUCUGCAGACUAUGGAGUUAUUUGUUAUCUAACUAAGAAUAUCUUCACAUGUGUUUGCCUUUCAUAAAAUAAUUUUCUGUGAUAUU